GUGAAGUGGCGUAUCUUGUCAGCGAAGGCCGCAGUGGUUUAUCAAAUAAAGUAUCCGAAUGCUUUAACAGUUUCGAGCAUUUUCCAUACAUAACCGCCACUUUUAUCUUCCUUCUUUUUUGCUGUUAUGAUCUUCGGGAUCGAAGAUCUGGUGGAAAAGAUGUAUGGGUAAGUCCAGUCGCUGUCUUCGAGGAUGGAGAAUAUCACAGACUUUUGAUUGGACCAUUAUAUCACUUCGACAAAUGCCACUUGAUGCUGAACAUAGCCCUUCUUGCUGUUAAGUCAGCUAUUUUAGAACAGAUAUACAGACCGGGUUAUCUUUUAUAUAUGAUGGUUGUUUUCACAUUUCUCAGCAGCUUAUUCUGUACAUUUCUUAGAAUUUUAUCAGCUCUGUUUUACAAGGACAUGGAGAAAAACCUUGUUCGAGGAUGCGUGGGCAUUUCAGGAGUGAUAUUUGCAUUGAAAGUUCUGAUAUCUGACUUUACGAAAGUCGAUGAAUUUGUUUAUUGGAUCGAGCUGGUUGUGAUACACAUUACAUCGCCAGAUACGUGUUUCACGUCCCAUCUUGGUGGAAUAUUAGUUGGGGUGCUAUACAAGUACACUUUUCUCCAGCGCCUUAUGUAUUUUGGAAGUCUAGACAACUUUGCUUUACGAAGUAGCGGUGCAUGAAAUAUUGGAGGUUCUAUUGCAUCCUCUUGACUGUACAAAUGUAUAGAGGGUUCCGUACGUAUCUUUACCAAAGUACUACAUCUUGAGAGUUUUGCAAAGCAUGGAAUAUGGAAUAGGUUCGUUUCUGUGGGAUUUUAUGUGCAAUGCUGCUGUGUAUUUUACUCAAGUCAUUUGAAUCUCCAAGUGUUGUAUUUAAAGGAAAAAACAUUAGUUUGCAGCAGAACAAGAGAAUGAUCAUCGAGAACAACAAUAUUAUGAUGAAUAUUAACCUUUAGCUGAGUGACCAAUGUUGAUUUUUCUGUAAUAAUCACAAUUUUACA